AUGGCACGCGCCCUGCCUCUCAUACCCUGGUCCAAGACCUCCAUUCUUAAUUGUCGCAUGCAUUUGAACUCGUCGAGGAUAGCGCAGCACGCAGCUCUAGACCUGUUCGUUCUUGGAUUUCCCCACCAAGCCAACAAACUUCUCGAGUCAAUCCAUAAGUACGGUCUUGACACAACAACCUGGGACUACUACGGUCACACUACCGAAGAGCAGUUGCAAGGAGCAUGGACAACUAGCGACACUUUCCCAACAUGGGCCCGCAGAGCAGACCACGCGGAUACGGGUAGCAUCAGCACCGCGGGUUUGCCGAACGACAUCGCAACGAAAGCUGAGGAAGGGACGCUCAGUAAAGAAGAUGUGGAAACCAUACGCGAGCGCCUAAAUAUGAAGCCGGAUGCUACCUACAGGCAUGCCGGGGAAACCAUGACGCUCGGUGCGGUGACACAGGUUGCGUUACUUGCGGACGAACAUCGUCUAGCUACCAGUCUGGUCGAAGAUAACAUGAAAGAACUAUAUCAGUACUUGCUGGAUAAUUGGGACAACCCAGAUAGAAGCGGUGACGAGACCAGGCACUACAUCUUUCGUCGCCAAGGCUUGGAGUAUUGCCCAGGCAUCUGGCCCGUUCUCGCGUCUGUUAAGCUCGGGGAUAGAUUCGGUGUGCGUGCAUCUGACGUGGAUGAAUAUGUCAAAGAAGGUUGCGCCCUCAUCGAGAAGCGUUCUACCGAAGGCCCCGCUCGACCGUAUCGAUCCAAAACGAUGGCCGAACUUGUAAAGAUGGUUGACAAAAACAUCCUCACCGAACGCGAAGAUAGCGGUGAAGAUACAAUACCCACUGUUCUCAAGGACGGCGCAACGGAAGCUCAGAUUGCCGCCCUCGAAAAACGCCUCUCCUCACCCGACGAGCAUUCGUUCAUCGCGCUCCCCGGCGGAAAGCUUCCUGAUGACUACAACGACUUCCUACGUGCGAGCAACGGCAUCGAUGAGGAUAUCUUCUACAGCACGGACGAAGUCAAUACAUCAGGAAGCUGGAUGCAUGACAUGGACUAUACUCUGUUCCCCAACGAAAACAACGGUCACCUCCUUCAUGGCAGCGAUAGAGACUUCGACGAAAUCGAACUAGGCGACUACGCGUGCUUCACCAUCGGCACUGGCGAUGGAUUCAAAGCGCUGUUCGAAAACAAUGGAGUCGAUGUCAAUCUUCAGGAUGACGAAGGCUCGUCUCUAUUGCACCAAGCUGUACAAUUUCGUUACGAAUCGGUCGUCAAGAUGUUGAUGGAGAGGGAGGGUGUCAACGUCAAUAUUCGCAAUAAGAGGGGUCAAAGUCCACUUUGGGUGGCUGCGUCGUGUGGUUACAAGGACAUCGUCAAGCUAAUGGUCGAACACGACAGAGUGGACCUAGAGGCAAGAGAUGAAAACGACCAAACACCACUUUCUGCUGCGGUGAUGCAGCAAGGUGGCCGAUUGAUGUCCGCUGCCACGACAGCACUGGAGAGCGUGGUAGAGGCGUUGCUUGCUAGCGGAAAGGUUGAUCCCGAUGCGAAAGACACACGUGGUCUUACUCCUUUAGCUUGGGCUUCGCGAACCGGAGAAGGGUCGGUCAGGAUUGCCGAUAUGUUAAUCAGCACCGGUAAAGUGGAUGUGAACUCUAAGGAUAAGUCAACAGCGGCGGACUCGAAGAAGGCCUAG